UACUACAUCGACUCUUAGCUGUCGGACAAGGUAACUUCAGUAGACAUUUCUUCAGCACUUUGCCUCUUAACCUUCAGAAUAAAAAAUGCGUGAGUGCAUCUCCAUCCACGUAGGCCAGGCUGGUGUCCAGAUUGGCAAUGCAUGCUGGGAGCUGUACUGCUUGGAACAUGGCAUCCAACCUGACGGACAGAUGCCCAGUGAUAAAACCAUCGGCGGAGGCGAUGACUCCUUCAACACAUUCUUCAGUGAGACUGGAGCUGGCAAGCAUGUACCCAGAGCGGUGUUUGUCGACUUGGAGCCGACUGUCAUUGAUGAGGUGCGGACUGGAACCUACCGCCAGCUCUUCCACCCUGAGCAGCUGAUCACUGGGAAGGAAGAUGCAGCCAACAAUUACGCCCGUGGCCAUUACACUAUUGGCAAAGAGAUAAUCGACCUGGUUCUGGACAGGAUCCGUAAGCUAGCUGACCAGUGCACCGGCCUCCAGGGAUUUCUUGUCUUCCACAGCUUUGGCGGUGGCACCGGCUCCGGCUUCACCUCUUUGCUGAUGGAGCGUCUCUCUGUUGACUACGGCAAGAAGUCCAAGCUUGAGUUCUCCAUCUACCCAGCUCCCCAGGUGUCCACCGCUGUGGUGGAACCAUACAACUCCAUCCUUACUACUCAUACAACCCUGGAGCACUCUGACUGUGCUUUCAUGGUGGACAAUGAGGCCAUCUAUGACAUCUGCCGCAGAAACCUUGAUAUUGAACGUCCUACUUACACCAACCUUAACAGGCUGAUUAGUCAGAUCGUAUCCUCCAUCACCGCCUCCCUCCGGUUUGAUGGGGCGCUGAAUGUCGACCUGACUGAGUUCCAGACCAACUUGGUUCCCUACCCCCGUAUCCACUUCCCUCUGGCGACCUACGCUCCUGUGAUCUCUGCUGAGAAAGCUUACCAUGAGCAGCUCUCAGUCUCUGAGAUCACAAAUGCUUGCUUUGAGCCAGCAAAUCAGAUGGUGAAAUGUGAUCCCCGCCACGGCAAAUACAUGGCCUGCUGUUUACUGUAUCGCGGAGAUGUUGUACCCAAAGAUGUUAAUGCGGCCAUUGCCACCAUUAAAACCAAACGCACCAUUCAGUUUGUGGACUGGUGCCCCACUGGCUUCAAAGUUGGCAUCAACUACCAGCCGCCCACUGUGGUGCCUGGUGGAGAUCUGGCCAAGGUCCAGCGGGCUGUGUGCAUGCUGAGCAACACCACCGCUAUUGCAGAGGCCUGGGCCCGUCUUGACCACAAGUUUGACCUGAUGUAUGCCAAGCGUGCCUUUGUGCACUGGUACGUAGGUGAGGGUAUGGAGGAGGGAGAGUUCUCUGAGGCCAGGGAAGACAUGGCUGCUUUAGAGAAAGAUUAUGAAGAGGUGGGUGUUGACUCCAUUGAAGGAGAGGGAGAAGAAGAGGGGGAGGAGUAUUAAAGCUAACUGAGCCCCACAGUUCAUCAUGUCAGAAACAAAAAUGCCUCCGCUUUGAGUAGGCAGUUGGUAGCUAGCUCUGUAAAACACAUAGUAGCUAAUUCAUUCCUCAACAUUUCACCAUGUAUUGGUUUAAGUGGCAGCGUUUGCAUCUAGGCAAUGUAAUGUUGAAAUGUCCUCAUGGUUUUAUUUGUAUUGUUUUUGCGCAUUUUCCUCAGUGAUUGCAAUAAAAGAUUUGAAGAAUCUA